AUGGAGGCAGAGUUUUGCCAGCCUGUAGCAAAGACUGGCAUUCACGCUCAUUGUGUCGCUUUGUUCCUUCCAGAACUUUCUGAGCUCCCUCUCGUUCGCCUUGACUUCUCCUGCAAUAAAAUCACACGGAUCCCUGUUUGUUACCGACACCUGCGGCAUCUCCAGUACAUCCUCAUGGACAACAAUCCCUUACAGUCUCCCCCUGCACAGAUCUGCACCAAAGGGAAGAUCCACAUCUUCAAAUACUUGAACAUUGAAGCCUGUAAAAUUGUGCCUGAUCUGACCGAUUUGGAACGGUCCAUCCAGCCUCAGGGAUCUAGCUCCUGCCUCUCAGAUGAAUUCUGUCCAAACCGACAGCACAGUGGCCUGGACUCCGGUUUCAACAGUGUAGACAGUGGCACCAAGCGCUGGUCAGGAAACGAGUCCACAGACGAGUUCACGGAGUUGUCUCUCCGGAUGGUGGAAAUAUCCCGGGAACAGAAACAACUGCGGGAGAGUCACUCGUCGGGGAUACCAGACACCAAUGGUGAUCAGGAGCUGGAGCAGGUUGAUUUUAUAGACAGCAGCGUGGAGGAAGACAGCAAAGCAGAGAUGGUUAGCACUCCCUUCACCAGCAACAGCCCGAGCAGCUCACGGCAGGAUAACAGACUGAACAGCAGCAGCACCGACAAGAGCAAACUGAUCGACAGAGUUCCUCAAAAUGGGCUGAGCCGGGAGCUACCGCCAAGUAAACAGGAUCAGCAUCGGGAAGGGGAGGAGAGGAGGCGCCCGGAGACCUUGCAGAUCUGGCAGGAACGGGAGAAGCAGCUGCAGACUCAGGCACUGGAGCGGAGGGAGAGGUGAGUCUGGCCCAGUCCAC